UUCCGGCCUUCUCCAGAGCGACUGCGGAAGUGCCCGGGGGUCGGCUUUUGCCCAGGCUGGGAGAGGUUGCUUGUAUUCGCCCUCACAGCUGCUUCCGUCCGGAAAGAUGCCGGGUCUGGCGGCCGCGAGCCCUGCCCCGUCCGCGACUCAGGAGAAGAAGCCGCUGAAACCCUGCUGCGCCUGUCCGGAGACCAAGAAGGCGCGCGAUGCGUGCAUCAUUGAGAAAGGAGAAGAACACUGUGGACAUCUAAUUGAGGCCCACAAGGAGUGCAUGAGAGCCCUGGGGUUUAAGAUUUGAAAUGGUGGCCUGCACUGUGAAUGAAUAAUCCCUGAAGAAUGAAGAAGAUUAAAUCAUUUUGGGAGUUGUUUCGUGAACUUUGAUAAAUGGAUAAAGUAUUUAUAAUUUAUUAAAAAAAGAAAAUUUCCAUGGUCA